GUGCCGGGAAUCGAUCUCACACAGGCAGGGGGACCAUAUGAAUGUCGAAUUAUGGUAAUUUAUCACAAAGUAGUUUGUGUUGUGAACUACUACUCCUGUAGUCAACUAUAUUUUUCUUAAGGGUAGAUUUAGUGCAGUUUAACUUUUAGUGUUUAGUAAUUGGUAGCCUGGUAAACUAUAUUUUCAGAGUAACUUCCCCAACCCUGCAGUGCCAGAGACAAUAGAAACAGAAGUCCUUCAUAAUCUCUGGUAAGGCUUUUUGAAACAGAGCUCAAAAGUACCCCGUUCUAGCGUAACCAUGGCAACAGUCUCCUGUGCUGUCAAGAUGGCGGACGAAGAAAACACACUAACUCUCCCAGUGGCCCCUGAGACGAAGAAACGCCAGGCUCCAAAAGCUCCGGAACUUCCCAUUCUGGAGAGGAGGAACUGGCUCAUCCACCUGCACUACAUCCGCAAAGACUAUGAGACUUGCAAGGCAAUGAUCAAAGAGCAGCUACAGGAGACCCAGGGAAUGUGUGAAUAUGCCAUAUACGUACAAGCACUAAUCUUGCGUCUGGAGGGGCAGAUCCAGCCAUCCCUGGAGCUGUUCCAGAGUUGUGCCAUCCUCAAUCCCACCAGCCCCGACAACCUCAAACAAGUGGCCCGAUCGCUUUUUCUGCUGGGGAAACACAAGGCAGCCAUUGAGGUUUAUCAUGAAGCUGCGAAGCUCAAUGAAAAAGACUGGGAGAUCAACCAUAAUCUGGGUGUAUGCUAUUCCUUCAUAAAAGACUUCCAAAAUUCUGAAGAGCAGUUGAAUGCAGCCUUGCAGUUGAAAAAACACGACAGGACAUUCAUGACACUGGGAAAGGUCCACUUGUUGGCGGGAGACACGGAGAAAGCCAUCGAAGUGUACAAAAGUGCAGUGGAGUUCUCUCCAGAGAAUGCAGAGUUGCUGACCACUCUGGGGCUCCUGUAUCUGCAGUUGGGAAAAUACCAAAAAGCAUUUGAACAUCUCGGGAAUGCACUUACUUAUGACCCUAAUAACUAUAAGGCCAUCCUGGCAGCAGGCAGUAUGAUGCAGACCCAUGGGGACUUUGAUGUGGCCAUGAACAAGUACCGCGUGGCAGCGUGCAUGGUCCCCGAGAGCCCCCCGCUCUGGAACAACAUCGGCAUGUGCUUCUUUGGCAAGAAGAAAUAUGUAGCAGCCAUCAGCUGUCUGAAGCGGGCCCACUACCUGUCUCCGUUUGACUGGAAGGUGCUGUACAACCUGGGCCUGGUGCACCUCACCAUGCAGCAGUAUGCCUCUGCCUUCCACUUCCUCAGCGCUGCCACCAACCUGCAGCCCCGCCUGGGAGAACUCUACAUGCUACUAGCAGUUGCACUGACCAAUCUGGAGGACGUGGACAAUGCCAGGAGAUCCUAUGAACAAGCUGUGGCUUUAGACCAGUCCAACCCUCUGGUCAACCUGAACUUUGCCAUUCUGCUGUACAACCACGGGGACAAGAAGGGAGCCCUGCAACAGUACCAGGAGAUGGAAAGGAAAGUCAACAUACUGAAGGACAGCAACACUGAGUUUGACCCUGAGCUAAUGGACAUGGCUCAGAAGAUGGCCGCUGCCUUGCAGGUGGGAGAGAGCCUGGAAUGGACCAAGCCGGUCAAAGACCCCAAGUCUAAGCAGCGCUCGGCUGGGGCCCCCAGUAAAACCCCUGGCAGCUCCCAGCAGCCCCUAGGCACCAACCAGGCCCUGGAGCAGGCCAUGUCCUCCGCCGCAGGCUACAACAAGAGCAUCACACUCCCCACAGGAGUGUCCCCCCACAGCCAGCCCACACCCCCCUCCCUGGCCUUGGAGGAGGAGCCUGAUGUGGAGACCACCCCCACCUCCCGAGCCCCUCAGCCAGAGGAGUCAGACCCCUCCACCACCCUGCCCCCUCUGGCAGCCAAGCCCAAAGUCAAGAAGAGCAAGUUGAAGCAAGAGCUGAACUAGACAGGGGCCCCUAUCUAGUCCACAGGCUGGUAGUGUAUCAUCACUCCCAGAAUGUCACUCAGCCUAUCUAGUCCACAGGCCGGUAGUGUAUUAUCACUCCCAGAAUGUCACUCAGCCUAUCUAGUCCACAGGCCGGUAGUGUAUCAUCACUCCCAGAAUGUCACUCAGCCUAUCUAGUCCACAGGCCGGUAGUGUAUUAUCACUCCCAGAAUGUCACUCAGCCUAUCUAGUCCACAGGCCGGUAGUGUAUCAUCACUCCCAGAAUGUCACUCAGCCGAUCUAGUCCACAGGCCGGUAGUGUAUCAUCACUCCCAGAAUGUCACUCAGCCGAUCUAGUCCACAGGCCUGCAGUGUAUCAUCACUCCCAGAAUGUCACUCAGCCCAUCUAGUCCACAGGCCUGCAGUGUAUCAUCACUCCCAGAAUGUCACUCAGCCCAUCUAGUCCACAGGCUGGUAGUGUAUCAUCACUCCCAGAAUGUCACUCAGCCUAUCUAGUCCACAGGCCUGCAGUGUAUCAUCACUCCCAGAAUGUCACUCAGCCCAUCUAGUCCACAGGCUGGUAGUGUAUCAUCACUCCCAGAAUGUCACUCAGCCUAUCUAGUCCACAGGCCUGCAGUGUAUCAUCACUCCCAGAAUGUCACUCAGCCUAUCUAGUCCGCAGGCCUGCAGUGUAUCAUCACUCCCAGAAUGUCACUCAGCCUAUCUAGUCCAGAGGCUGGUAGUGUAUCAUCACUCCCAGAAUGUCACUCAGCCUAUCUAGUCCGCAGGCCUGCAGUGUAUCAUGACUCCCAGAAUGUCACUCAGCCUAUCUAGUCCACAGGCCGGUAGUGUAUCAUCACUCCCAGAAUGUAACUCAGCCUAUCUAGUCCGCAGGCCUGCAGUGUAUCAUCACUCCCAGAAUGUCACUCAGCCUAUCUAGUCCGCAGGCCUGCAGUGUAUCAUCACUCCCAGAAUGUCACUCAGCCUAUCUAGUCCACAGGCCGGUAGUGUAUCAUCACUCCCAGAAUGUCACUCAGCCGAUCUAGUCCACAGGCCGGUAGUGUAUCAUCACUCCCAGAAUGUCACUCAGCCUAUCUAGUCCACAGGCCUGCAGUGUAUCAUGACUCCCAGAAUGUCACUCGGUCUCUAUCCGUUUUGGUUUUCAUCAAGAAUAGUUAGUCGAAGGCCACAAGGCGUUCACUUGCUUUUUGAUUUAGCUUGUUACAAAGUGCUUUAUGUUGCUCUUUCUUAAUGGUCUUACUAACCAAGGUGAGCCAGCCUAGUGACAGAGGUGUCAUAAUGAGUUGACUUCCUGAUCAUCAAAGGCCUUGACAUGAUCUCUUUUCAGUACGUUUCAGAUACUUCCUCUGUUCAACUUUCUCUAUCGGGCAGUGUCAAAUGCAGCAUAUGAUUUUUUACUUAGCCUUGGUCAGUGGCAGGUCUGGAUUGUUGUUUAUAAUGACACUAAAUAUACAUUCCUCCAUUUUAAGUAACCUCUAAGAUAUGACAAUCAUGAAUGAGAUGAGGGAAAUAAAGAUUGUAGUGUUUUAUACCUAAUAUGAGAUGGAUUUAUUCAGGGCCUUUUUUUAAACUAUUGUUGAAUUUUAAGAUGUUUAGAAAUUGUGAUGUUUGCCUUGACAGAAUAGAUGUGUAUUUAUUGUUGCAAAAUCCAAAGUGUCAUGAAUGUGAUUGAUAGUGUUCUGCUCUUUAUUUUAGUCACAGUAGUGUUAGGCUAAACGACACGGUUGGUUGGGUAAACCACGCUUGCGGGAUGAGUAGCCUUGUCUGAGACUAAGACUUGACUUAGCUCCCCAAGCUAAGGCCUAGACUUUAGCUCAGCGGCUAACAGUUGUGUAAGUGUGUGUGAACAUGCACGUGAUAUACAGGUAACUGACAAAAUAA